AUGUUGGGAUUCGUGUGCAAGAUGUUCUUCGCCUUGCUCGCCGUCAGCGUUCUGGCAGUGUCAGCAGCUCCUGCUCUAUUCGAACUUCCAAACCGUUCGAUUCGUUUGAUUCGGUCGGAUCCAGCUGCGUAUGAUGGCUACGAGAACAGUUUCUAUCGAGGAUACGAUCAUCAUGGAUCGAAAAAAGAAAUAUCAACAUUUGCACUUGUCCAGAUAAUGAGAUGUUCUGAAAGUUUCAAAUAUCCUAGUACUGUGAAUGCUUCAAAAGUGUCAGAUUACUCUGAUAUGACGAGUGUUUUUGUUUUUCGCCUUGCUUCAGAAGAUCAAAGUGGACAAGUUCCUCGCCUACCAAAUUCCGAAGAAUUGAAAGAUGGACAGAAAGAAAUCGAAAUCAAAGACGUUUCUUAUGAAGAUUUCUUCUCCUCUCCAGUUUCUAUCCAAAUCCACAGUUUCCAAAUGAUUACACUGUCGAGAAACUUCUUGAAAUGGCUAGUCGUUUCCAAGUGCCAUCAGUCAUUAGAAUCGUUGAAUAUCAUCUUCUCAACAAUUCAAAAAUCGGAUGUGAGAAAAUGCUACGGUUGGCUGAUGAAUAUCUAA